UCUCCACCCCCACACCAGAUCUUUUUUUCCUUCCCUCACGACUCUCUGCCCACUCUCUUCUUCCUCCUUCUCCUUCUUCCCUCUCUACAUCCUCUGCUCCUUUCCUCGCCCACUCCCCGUUCUCUUCCCCUCACUUUCUACCUCAUCAGCCGCCUGCUCCUUUUGCCUCUCCCUCCCUCCCUCCCUCCUUCCUCCUCAUUCUCAACUCCUCGGAGUGGCGACACGGCGACUGCCUGCGUCAGCCGGCCCCUGCCCGCUGGUGAAUGCUGCUACUGGAGGUUACCGUGUCCUGCAGAGAGCCUCGUGCUUGUGUGUGUGUGUGAGAGAGUGUGUGAGUGUACGCAGAUGGGAAAGGAACUGAGUCAGGGAGGGCUGCCUCUCAUCUCUCCGCUGUCAUCACCAUCCUUCACGCUCCCUCCUCUCCUCCUCUCCUCCUCUGCUGCCAUGGAGCUCCAGCGGGCUGAAUCACAGCGGCGUCUGCAGAAAGGGCUGAGGUAGUUGAACGUGCGUGUGUGUGCGGUGCUCCGCUGGGCCGGUAUGGAGGGUGUGUGUCCGAGGAGGUGGAUGACCGGCUCUGCUGUAGUGUUCCUUCACACACUGGCCCUGUCCUGGACAGGUGCAAUUGAGACCGUCCCCAAAAUAGAUGGUCGGCACCAGGCAGCUCUGACUCUGCAGGAGAACAUGACGCACAGGUUCAGCUGCCAGUCGGACGGCUGGGACCCCCGUGCUCCUCCCCUGCUGACGUGGUACCUGAACGGGCAGCAGCAGGGGCAGCCGAUGCCCCACCGCAGGCGUCUGGUGAUGACGCCCCAGGGAGACUCGGUAGCCGCGAGACCCGGGGCCAAUCUGAACAGCUCCUUCUCUCUGAGAGCCAGGAAGUGGGACAGGGAGCUGGUGUGUGUCGCGUCAAACCCCAGGACGGGAGAGAGCUACAAUGCCACGGUCACGCUCAAUGUCCAGUUCCAGCCAGAGAUCCUCAGAGUGAACGCCCACUACAGUGAAACCUCAGACCCAGGCCUGUCCCUCGUCCUCUUCGCCUUGGUGCGGUCCAACCCGCCUGCCACCAUCACCUUUGUGGACCAGUUCGGCCAGCAGGUCGCCAACACCUCUGACUUCCUCAUCCUGGACUCAAGGAGCUACCCCUGGCUGACCAAUCACACGCUGAAGGUCGUGCUGAGCAACCUAUCAGGGAACAUCUCGCUCAACGCCAGCAACAGCGUGGGAACGGUGCAGAGCAACCUCACGCUGGCAGAGUUUCUGCAGUCCCGUGUGGAGGUGCCCAUGCUGGGAAUAGUGACAGGAGGAGCCAUGGCCUUCAUGGCCCUCCUCAUCCUCAGUCUCAUAGUUCUCUGCCUCAUGCAAAAAAACAAGAGCAAGUCCAUCGACGAGCCAGUGGAGAUUCUGAUGGCCAAGAAAAGUGACUCAGCCAAUCUGAAGACUGCAAAGCCCGAUAAGGCCUACAUCCCCAGAGAGAUGUCUCUUCCUUCCAACAUGCAGCUCAACGACCUCAGCACUUUGAGAAAAGCCCGAGAGGCUGCCCAGCAGAACAGUGUGGGAGAGCAGAAGAAAGAGGAAGAGGAGGAGGAUCUGUCUUUAGCCUACGCCGCCAGAGGUUUUGCCAGAUAUCCGAUGGUGGGCUACAUCUACAAGGUGAACAGCACAAGCAGCGAGGAGAUCUGGCUCUGACGGAGCUCAGAGUGAUACACACACUGCAGGUGCAUGCAAAACUACUUCAAACCGUGCAGCUGUCCAAGAAAGAAAACCCAGAACAACUGCCAUUCAACCAGUCGUCAGUCACCUUCAAGCCGGACCAGGAUGAACUUGAUCCACAAGCUCUCUUGCUGUGGAGACCUCAUGUGCUCCUGGAGGACACCAACAGACCUGCGUCUCCGACUCGAACAUAAACAUAGAUUUUGCAAAAUAAAGCGAUGCUUUUGUCAUGAAGUAUUUACACCGCUGAUGUGUGAACUCCAAAUAAAGAUGCUCAUAUACAGUAUGUCUGACAUGAUUUCCUGUAACCACUUGCUCAUAACGUCCUCCUCCUUGUCGCAUUAUUGGAAUGCAUUCAUUGUUCUAUGCUAACACCAGAAUGUUAAUGUGAGAUUUUACAGUUUGAGCAGUAAUAUCUGAAUAAGACAAGAAUAUGUAACUGUUUAUGGACUUGUAACAUGCCAUGUACUGUAUAUUUGUAUGCAUAUGUAUAUGUGUAUAAAAGAGAAUGUCUAAUAAAGAUGAUAUGGAGACUGUAA